AUACUCACAUGUUGUCAUGUGCUUACCUAUUGUUUACAUCUGUAUGCUAUCUGUAUUCAAAUUUUAAUUGUUAUGAUAUAAAAUCAAUAAAACUUAAUUGUUUGCAUGUUAAUUUAAUAGUAAAUUAAAUUUUUUCAAACUUCAUUUUAAUGCAAUAUUUAACUGAUUCAAAAUAUCAAAGUCACUUCUCUCUGUAAUCCAUGUCUUACUUACAACUGGACUAAUUUAUUUAGUGAAUUUAUUGUGAACGUUACUAAAUGGCUUAUCGUUAUUUAAUUUGGUUUUGCCAGGAAUGUCCUGCUUUCAGACUAGCUGAAUUUGAAGCUUUAUUAACAUUAUUCAAAUGCGAGGCAAAAAUUUGUUGUCCAAACAAAGAAAAGCCUUUUCUUGUUGUUCAAAGCAAUCAGAGGGAAGACGAGGAAAAACUUAUUCAAGUUACAAAAAGGUCAGUUUGCGUACGAUCAUUAAUCCAUCUGUGGGCUGACUCAACAUCCCGUGAAGCCCUGUUUUCACAACUGAAAAACUGCGAGUUCAUCAAGCAAAAAGAGUACGCUGGCAAAGAAAGAUCUUUCCGAAUAAACGUUGACACAUAUGGGAAAAAAAUUACUCUCCAAACUAAAGUUGAUAAAAUUGAGGAACUUGCAUUCUUGCCAUUUGAAGGUCCGAUCAACUUGAAUAAACCUGAUAAUAGUUUCCAGCUGAUAGAAUAUUAUGGAUUAUUGUCCAAUUCAGCUCCAGAUGAACCAUAUGAACUUUAUUUUGGGCGUUGGCUAGCUGAUGGUGGUAGAAGAUUCUCACUUGAUGUUAGUUUAAAAGAACGUAAAUUCAUAAGCAAUACUUCAAUGGUUCCAUGGUUAACUGCUAUUAUGUCCAACCUGGCUCUAGUUAAAGAUGGUGAUGUUGUUAUUGAUCCCUUUGUUGGUUCUGGGUCUUUGUUGAUUGCUGCCGCCAAAUUUGGAGCUUACACGAUUGGAAGUGACAUUGAUUAUUUAUUACUCCAUGGUAAAAGAAAGCCAUCGCGUCGAUAUGUAAAGCAACGUGAUCCAGAUGAAAGUGUGUUUGCAAAUUUUGCACAAUAUGAGAUAACUUCUCAGUAUCUUGAUGUUAUUGUUUCCGAUGCUUCCAAGCCCUGUUGGCGGCCAUUUGAAUUUGAUGCUAUUAUAACAGAUCCGCCGUAUGGAAUCCGAGAAAACUCUCGAAAAAUCGGAACUGACAAAUAUGAUAUGACUUAUAAAGUUCCCGAAGAAUAUAUCGAUUGUCAUUAUCCAUCCAAAGUACUGUACCGAUUUGAAGACAUACUCAAAGAUUUAUUUGCCUUGGCUUUGAAAAAUCUAAAAAUUGGUGGCAGAUUAGUCUUCUGGAUACCAAGAAUUACUGAUUAUAAAAUGGAAGAUAGCUUACCUCAUCAUCCAUCAUUUAAAUUGAUUUCUUGUUGUAAUCAAGACAUGAAGUUAAAUGUUUCAAGAGUUUUGGCAUGCUAUGAAAAAUUGUCAAAUGAAUCCAACAAUGAAAUUUUUAUACCUUAUGUAAUUAAAAAUUUUAGGGAACUUUAUUUUACAGGAAUAGCAGAACUAAAUGAUACCAAACAAGAAAGACAAGCGAAACAUCGCCAGUUUUUGGGACAGAAGGAGAUGAAUUGAGAGUGAAUCCACCAAAAUGUCAAACAAAUACACACCAUUAUGAUAGAUGCAGUUACAGAAUUUAAAAAUAUAUUAUAAAUAAAACGAGAAGUGAUCAUCAUUCAUGAAACAUCAAUAUCAUAAUCAGCAAGAAAGUCAUCACUUUGAUCAUUCCAAAAAUAUUAAGCUCUUUUAGCUCAACAAUUUAAUUUGCUGUUACUCCUUGGGAAGAUGAAGAUUGUCGAAUCGUCCAGAAUGUUUAUUCCUGUUCAUGUUUUCGUUGAUCGUCAUCAUCAUCCAUUGUUUGAUGGCAACAGCAAGAAAUCAGCAAACAAUUUGAUGAUGAAGUUUAAAAUGAUUGAAAACAAAGAUCCAAAUCACUGCAACACCUUCAAGAUGAUUGGAUUUAACCACAAAAAAAUGUUAUAUAACAUUAACCCAAGCACAUUACAUCAAGACAUUCGGCUUCACCAUAAUUUGUCUUCACCAUUCCAUCAUUUGAAUCACCUUUCCAUCAUCUUCUCCGUUUUAUUGGCUUUGUUUUACUAUCAUCUUCUUCAUCUUUCAAGAGUUUUAAUGAACCCGAAAAAUUUUAAUUAGUGGUUAAAUGAAGUUGUAUUAUCUUACCUUGUGACAAUUGUUUUACUGGAUUAAGGAUUGAAAUCUUUGAAUCUCCAUUUUUGAAAAGCAAACAAAAAGUGUCUCGCAAUCGUGAAAAAAAGAUUGAAUAGUUUACAGGUUAAAUAAAAUGUUAUAAAAAUGAUUCCUUUUGAUUAAAUCCUAUUCCUUGAGUAACAAAAUCAAAACAAUCCUCUAAUUUUCCCAUGAUAUUACUCAUAUUAUCACUCCAUGUCAAUCUCUCUGAGUAACAAAACCUCUUCCUAUUUGCACUCUUGUCAACUAUUAUGUUUUAAUUUUCAAUUCCUGGGGAAAAAAUGUUUUGUUUGCAAUGAGAAAUGCAUUGAAAUCGCAAAUCCAUUAUUCACAAUCAACAAAAAUGAACAUAUACACCAGAUUUGAUUGUAUUUACAAUGUUAAUUGUUGCAAACAAACAAAACUCAACAAAUUUUCUGGCUUGAAGUAAAUAACUAACUAAAUUGAAAAUACAAACAACAUAACAAAUUUUAAUUUUGUUUCCCUCCGUACAAAAAAAGAAACAACAAAUAAAAAAAACAUGAUAGAUAAACAAAAAUGGAUGAAACCAUGAAGAGAAAAUCAUAAAUAAAUCUUUUUUUCUUUUGUGUAUAUCUAUGAUUAAAUAUGUACACAUAAACUAA